GUUGCGCAAUUUAUAGAGACAGAGAGAAAGUAAUAAACUAUAGAGUAUUCUUUCCAUUUUUCUCUUUUAAAGUCCAACCUACCUCACCCAUUUAUUCAUUCAACUAAUAAUUUGAACCCCAUUUUAGAAAAAAAAAAUUUUAAAAUCAAAAUUCUAAGGGCUGCUACUUUCCAUUUACAAUUGAUAAAGAUUGGAACUUUCAACUUUGUACUAACUUAUAACCCAACAAAAACUUGCUUAAUCCAUUAAUAAUUAAGCUUCUCAAACUUCAUCAAUGGCAGAAGUAUCAAUGAAGAACCCAACAAAAAGUGAUGCUUUACUUACUACAUUAAGCAAUGCAAUUCAAGCUGUUGGUAGAGGAUUUGAUGUUACUUCUGAUAUUAGGUUGUUAUACUGUAAAGGAGCACCUGGGUCUUGUUUGAUUCAUAUUGAUGAAGAUCAUACAAGGGAUAUUCCCAUCUCAAAUGGUGUUUUUCUUCCUAAUGUUUCUAAUGAUAUUCAUUGUUUUCCUGGCAAGAAGGCUUGGGAUGCUACUCCUGUUUGGAACUUUCAUGAGAUGUCCGAGCAUUUCAAUAAGAAGUCAGGGUUAUCCGGAAGCAUUCCCCUUGGAAGCUUUAAUGCCAUGUUUAAUUUUAGUGGUAGUUGGCGAGCUGAUGCAGCAUCUACUAAAUCUCUUGCAAUGUUGGGCUAUUUCAUACCCUUGUAUAGACUUGAAUUAAAAUCAAAAUUAGUUUUGAAGGAUGAAAUCAAAGCUGCUGUUCCUUACACUUGGGAUCCUCCGGCUUUGGCAAGUUUCAUUGAAAAUUAUGGCACCCAUGUUGUUAUAUCUACAACUAUUGGUGGGCGGGAUGUAGUUUAUGUCCGGCAGGACCAAUCAUCACUUUUAUCAGCAUCAGACAUUGAGAAUUAUAUGAAAGACAUUGGGGAACAAAGAUUUUCAGACUUGAGAGGCAAACCUAGUUCUUCCCCUCUGAAAUACAAGGACAAGGAUGUUACGGUGAUUUUUAGGAGGAGAGGAGGGGAUGAUCUCGAACAAAGCUUCGCCAAAUGGGCAGAAACUGUAAACUUAGCACCGGAUGUAAUUGAGAUGACAUUUGAACCUAUCGUGUCUCUACUUAAAGGCGUGCCUGGUCUAAAGCACUUAGCUCAUGCUAUUGAGUUGUAUAUGGAGUACAGGCCACCUCUUGAAGAUCUACAAUACUUCUUAGAAUUUCAAAUACCGCGAGUCUGGGCUCCUGAACAUAGCAAUCUGCAAAGAAAAGAGCCCGUUUGUCCAUAUCUUCAGUUCAGUUUGAUGGGUCCUAAGCUUUACGUGAGCCCCGAGCAGGUUACGGUAGGGCGUAAGCCAGUCACUGGUCUGAGGCUAAGCCUAGAAGGUAGCAAGCAAAUUCGGCUUACCAUCCAUCUGCAGCACCUAGUUUCACUCCCAAAAAUCCUGCAGCCACAUUGGGAUUCUCACAUGGCUAUUGGUGCACAAUUAUGGAAAGGGCCCGAGGAGCAAGAUAGCCGUUGGUUUGAGUCUAUUAAAUGGAAGCAUUUCUCUCAUGUAAGCACAGCUCCUAUAGAAUAUAAAGAGGCGUGCAUUGUCGAUCUUUCUGGUGUACACAUUGUAACCGGAGCUCAGUUAGGGGUUUGGGAUUUUGGUGCUAAAAGUGUGUUAUAUCUCAAACUCUUAUUUUCCAAGGUUCCCGGUUGCACGAUUAGGCGAUCCGUGUGGGAUCACAGCCCUUCAAAUCUUGCUACAUUGCAUAAAGCAGAUGGGACUACGCCUAAUGAACAGAUAGCAGACGAUAGGAAAUUAGAUAGCACGGGUUCUGCUGCAAAGCUUGCUAAACUAGUUGACUCGACGGAGAUGUUAAAAGGACCACAGGAUUUGCCUGGUCACUGGUUAGUAACCGGUGCGAAGCUUGGUGUAGAUAAAGGGAAAAUUGUUCUGAGGGCUAAGUAUUCCCUUUUGAAUUAUUGAUUCAGUAUGUUGUAUUCAGUGUUCAUUUCUCUGUGAUUUGGAGAUCCGGCAUUUUUUGUAGUCCUGUAGUCAAUCUGGCUAUAUGAUUGAUUGUUCAUAUUCAUAAUAAAUGAUGUAAUGUAAUGAAAUUUUGCUGUAAAUUAGUUUUUUUUAUUUAUAAUUUUUCAUUGCCAUUUAAUAACCUUAUUU